AUGAAUAAACAGCAGCGGCUGCGGCAGCAGCCGCCGCCUCCGGUGCGAGUGCGACUGCUUCUCGUUCUGCUGCAAUUUUGGUUGGACAGCGGCAGCAGCCACUUGCUCGAGCUGUCACGACAGCGGCUACUGUUGGAGCGCGAAGGAGACCUAGAGAAAUAUCUCAACCUGCCCCUUUUGCCUUUCCCAGCUGAAGAGGAAGUUCACUCGCAACGAAAGAGAAGCCGAACGCCUCCGCCAGGGAGCCCUCUUCCUGGGCCGCUGCUGCAGUAUAGGAAAGCAAAGCAGCUGCUCAUGGGGCACAGCGGCACUAGCAACAGCAGGCGGGUGCUGAUGAUGCGCGACAGACUGUCUCUACUGGUGCAUCAUCAGCAGGAACUACUGUAUGACUCUCCGCAGUCGUCUGUCGAAGUAUUGCGGACUCUCUGGGAUAUCCAGGCAGACGGACCACCCACGCUGCAACAGCAGGAGCUGAAGGAGGAAAAGCUGCAACAACAUCAGCUGCUCCGCCGUUAUGAAAGGGAAAACUCCUUGCUACAGGAGCGACGGACUCGGCCUUUAGGGAGCCGUUUCCUCUUCAUCUGUGGCAUAGACCUUCGAAUGACAGGAACAGACCUCGAGAACAUAUUUCAAACCAUCACGGAGCACCAAGUAUAUGCGAGAUUGAAAAGAAACUCAGAGGGACGGCAUUUGGGCUUUGGCCUUAUCCAGUUCGGCUCAACCUUGGAUGCGACACGGUGCUUGUUACAGCUAAACGGCAUCAAGGUAGGGAACAGCACCAUUAGCCUGGGGGAAGCGUUCGGUCGAGCCGAAGAACCUGGACAGUCCUUCGACCAGCAGCUGCAGCACCAGCAACCGCAGCAUCAGGAGAGGAAGCAUCGUCAGGGAGGCAGUAGGCCGACUAGGCAACGCAAGAGGGCGAAGUACAUACACCCGUAUCCUCUCCCGUGCGAAUAA